AUGGCUAACAUGCUCGCGUGGGAGACGCCCCUGGCCGAUGAAAACGGCAACAGUUCUCAGCCUUCGUGGUCAUCCCCCAGAGCUUCGGAGGCGGAAGCGGCCGAAGCGGCGGGAGCGAGGGGCGCAGGCGUGGUGAUCGCGCGCAGGACGAACCUCGCCGGGGACAGCGACUUCGACCUCUCGGACGACGACGACGCAAUCGCGCUGCUCAAGGAUGACCUGCGGACCACCACGGAGCGGUUCUUCGACCGCCUGCCCCGGCAGCAGCAGAAGGCGGGCCGCAGGGCGUCCGCGAUCGUGCCGACCGGCGGCGACGGCGUCCGCCGCAACAGCGGUAGCAGCACUGUUAGUGGCGUCGGCGGUCUCCGCCACCAGCAGUCGUGGAACGUCCUCACGGAGCUGGAGAAGGGGGUCGGCGGGCUGAUACGGCGGCCCGCGGGGACAACGUCGACGGGCCUGCGGUCUCCCGAAGGCGGCGGCGGCGGCGGCGGCGGCGGCGGUGGCGGCGGGGGGGGCUUCACAGCGGAUGGAAGUGCGACGCUACCAUCCCCUGACGGAGGCGGGGACGGCGGCCGUUCCGCUUCCCCCAACGGACCGUCGUCGCCGAGGGGGGGCAGGGAUGUUUUGCCGCGGCAACGCCGCCCGCCCCGGGACCCCAAGACAUCGGUGAAGGACCUCAAGGUUCGUUCCGACGAGGCGGCCAGGACGCUGGAGGCCCUGAAAGUUUUGAUCUUGCAAGAAAGGCUUCCAGCAGACGGCGGCAAGGGUGAAGUGAGUCAUGGGCAUGGAGGUCGGAAUGGCAAGCUCUGGCCCGUGGACGCGGGACAAAUAGCAGCGGAAGAUUCUUCUUCUUCAUCUUCUGCACGGGCGGGCGGUGGUCAUGGUGGGGGUGGCGGUGACGGUGGUGGUCUGGGCGCGAAGCAUAUGGAGCUGCUGGCGAAGGCGAUGGACGACCUCCAGCAGAUCAACGCCGAGCUCAACGCUGAGCUGCGGGCGUCGAGGAGGAGGACGACGGGCGGGCGCGAUCCCCACCAGCACCAGCACCACCACCGCCAUCAUCGGAGGUCAGCAAGCUCUGCGGCGUCGGUGUCGUGGCGACUCCAGCUGCACGGCCGACGCACUUCCGGCCAGCGUCCCCCGAAGCGGCUCUCGCAGGCGUCGGGACGAUCGUCGGCGUCGUCCGCGGCGGCGUCGGCGGCGGCGUCGGCAGGCGUCGGGCCGCUCGCCCGGCAGCCGCGGUCCUCGUCCGACCUGCUGCGGCAGCGGCGGUCAGAGGUGGGGCAGGCGGAGCCGAUGUCAUGCGGCGUGCCUAGGCACCGCGUGCAGCUGGGCAACGGGGGCGACAACAACGUCGUGUACUUCGAGCUGGCCAUCACCCAGGCGAGGUCCACCUGGACGCUAGAGCGAAAGAUGUUGGAGUUCGUCGAGCUGAGGGAGUCGCUCGUCGCCACCGCCACGGACCUCGCCGCGGAGGCGGCGGCGGCAGAGCGGGAGCAGCAGAGAGCAGCAGCAGCAGCGGUGGGAGAAGGACCGGGGGGCUGGCAUUCGGCACCAGCCGGCGGCGGCGGGCGCGGGCGCGGUGGCAAGAGUAGCAAGAAAAGCGACAGCAGAACGGUGGCAGAUGCGCGGCGCGACCACCGCCGCAAGGCGGAGGCGAGGGUGCCGCCGCUCCCCGAGUCGCCCAAGAGCUGGUUCGACUCUGGCAUCUGGUCCGUCAUGUACGCCCGGCGGCGGGAGGAGAAACUGACCGAGCUCAAGGUGCACCUGGCCUCCUGGCUCGCCACCAUCCUGGCGGACCGCGAGCUCGUGUCGCCGGACCUCGUGAGCUUCCUGGGCGGGGACAGCGGGGGGAUGCAGGCCCACCCCGUCGUCGAGGACGUCCUCUCCGGCUGCGACAGCCUGACCGGCGCCGAGUGGACCGAUCCGUGGUCGGACUCUGGCAGCUCCGGGGGCUCUGACGCCGACUCCGGCAACGACGAGGACGAUGAGGACGACGACGACCUCGGGAGCGAUGAGCUCAACAGCCUUCGAGGGUCCCUCUGCGCCCCGGACGAGUGGGACGUGACCAAGAGCCGAAGCGGGAGUGGCGGAGAUUUGGGCCGCGGCAGGGGUAACGGCAGCGGUAGUGGGAACGGCUCGAGCGUCAGCCCGCGCGAUCGCCUAGAGAAGGCCAUGGUCACGAGGCUCUUUGUCCAGGCUCGAAGCGGAGGAGCAGGGGCCGCGAGAGGCGUCACCAGUUUUUCGGGGAUCGUGGCAUCGGGACAAGGAGGAGAGGUUGCGGCCUACGGUUGCGAAGACGAGGAGGAGGAGGAGGAGGAGGAGGAGGAGGAGGAGGAGGAAGAGGAGGAGAUACAGGACCCGGGUCUCACGAGCACCUUAUCGGCACCCAUGGAGACCCCUCGACAACCGCGGGCUCCGUCGCCCUCUUCUCCAACGCGCCGUGUAACGCUCGAUGCCUUUUUCCAACCCCCGACGUAAAUAGUACAAUGUUGUAAGUGUGGUGCAACGUAUGCCAACGGUACUUGGUUCGGUUGGUGUAUCAGUCGGUGUGGGAGGACCCCGCAUCUCGACGCCAUCGUCCCUCUCUCCAAGACUGAAAACUGUUGGCCUCGAUUUCUUGUGUGCGCGGAAUGGUGGUGGGUGCGCGCCGUGUUGUUGGUUCCGGUGCGGUGCGAUUUUUUCUUGUGGCUUGUUUUGGUCGACGUUCGUUUUUGUCCUUGUACUUUCGUUAUGGUAUUCGGAACUUCGAUCGGGAGUUUCGAAUGCUCAGGUGCGCGCGGGCGUGUGCGUGUGUUUCUUCUUGAUUGGUAUCGACCGCGCUAUCCGUCUGACCGAUUAGGCUGACCAGUGAAAAUACGCCAGUCUUGCAGCGGGAUGUUUGCGUGUGGAAGGGAGGGUAGAGACCGAAACACCCGUGGCGGCACGUGUUUUUGUUACUAGAGGGGCGUUGAGCUUUCAGGCUUUCUCCUUUGUGUCGUCAAGGCGAGGCAGGAGACUCGUGGUGGCGCUGUGUUUGGUGUACCCGUUGACGGUGCUGAGUGCUGCGGUGCCCCCGACGACGACUGCUACAUGGAAGGGGUUCAAUGAUGCCCCCGUGUGUUUUGCCUGUGUUGGCGUACGGCGCAAGGCUAGUCGGGCGUCUCUACGUACGGCAUGGCUGAUUUCUCGCUCGAGCGAGGUCCGUCAGAGGUUGAUGCUUGUUCUUGUUCUUUGUUAUCCACCCACACUACUUUGUGGGUCGUUGUAGACUUCGUUGACUCUCGUAGAUCUCGUUGACCCCCCCCCCCCAAUGACUCGGUUUUACCUGUUGUCGUCGCUCAAAACCAAGCAAUGAUGCCGUGAGCGCCCGAGGCGAUGAAACGGGUAGCUAACGCAUAUUAUUUGGCAUCUUGCUUUUAAUGUUCCGGAGGUAUUUCCAUUGGUCCGCAUAAAUGACCUGUAGGUAUCUACAGUAGAGAGUUUCCGUCCCGAAAAAAUAUAUAUGUUGCCCCCCAUGUACAGGGAGUAAAAAGGAGAGACGUCGCUCGCUGGUAGGCAGCUAGGGAGCAGGCGGAUAAAUGGUGAAUUUCAACAGAAAGUUGUUGUAGGGGUCGGCCACUACAACGGUCGGGGCUCCGGCCACAGGGGCGGGCAGAAGCCCCCCCCCUCCCCCUCGAAGUAGCUAGCGUGCGUUAUCGCUGCUGGGAUUUUUGUCGUUGUCCAUCCGUCCCUGUAUUGAUAUCUUGUGUGUGCUGUCUGCUUGUAGUAUAGUUGGGUUGGAGACCACAUCACGCAAGGGAGAAGGGGAGGGCGGGUAACCCCCUUCUAUGACGGGGUACUUCCUUUUUUUGUAAGCCCCGUGAAAGUAUAUACAAAGAGGCGUUUUCCUGUAGUAGUGUAUAUCCGGCGUGUGCAGUAGCUAUGUAGUGUGCAGUUUUUCUUUUUCGCGCGACACGAGCUACGUGUUGGACGCGCUGGGCGAGGUUUGUGCGAGUGUAUUUAUUGGUGUGCGCGUCUGGUCUGUUGCCUUUUUUUGGAAGUAACAAGUUUUGCGGCGGACUCGC